GUCACUUGCACGUUUUACUUUAGGUACCUCUUGUUACCGGUAUUGAAUUUCAAGCUCAUCAACUUUUACAUACAACCUGCACAACCUCGUUUAAAAUUAAACUUUACCAGCCAAAUUACAAUUAUAUAACUUUAUAACUGAACAUUGCUUCUGCGUCCGUGUUGCAUGACGAUCAAACAUCUCAAAUGCGUUUCUGCAUUUCUUUAAGCUAUUGUAAUUUUAUCUUAGAGAUAUCCGAUGGCUAGUUAUGGUGGUGGUAUAAGUGAGGCCAGCCCUCAUCCUCAUUAUGGACCUUACGGACCUCCCGCGACUCAACACAGCCAACUACCCCCCGAAGAGGAUGAGUCCGAAUGGGAAUAUGAAUAUUCAAAAACGGAAACUGAGACUUUCUAUGUCACUCUCGAUCUCUCUCAAGCAGACUUCACCAGCCGUGAUGCCAGUGUUAUUAACAGGCCGGGUUACAGAGGCGGCGAGAAAGCCGAAAGGGCCAAGUUGUACUUGAAUAGGCGGAUGAGUACAGAUAACGGUCCUGAUAAUAGCGACGAAGAGGGCGAAGUAUCUCGAACUUCGCAGCCGAAAGAGUCUCAACCUCCUGACGACGGAGAUGACCAUGAGGUCCAGAUCCUAGACCUCGAUACGACGAACCCGAUAAUUUCCUAUAAGGGUCGCGUCUAUUCGGGCCAGUGGAACCAGAACAUUGGUACGGAACUCCUCAUGGCGAAGCGUGACUACGAUAACCCGCUCCCGGCCCUGCGGCAGCUGGACCACGACGUGGAUCUCCUCGCGGCUAGUUGCGCGCGGAUCAACGUCAAGGAGAAGCAGCUCAAGCCCAAGGACGCCGCCAUAAAGCGGCAGCAAGACGUCAACACGUACAGGGAGCAACAGACCUCGCAACCUAUCGUGCCCCCGGCCGAAAAGUGGGCUGGUCCGGAGAGAAUCGCGCAGGGCAACUUUCUCGAGAAGUUCAUCGCGCUCAAGAAGAAGCUAGGCGAGACGGACGAGGUCACGGUGAUUGCCAAGAGCAUGGAAGUGCGCACGCAGCACAACAGGAGCAGGAAGCAGAAACAGGGCCACCGGGGAAAGUUUAACUUACCGCAUACCCGGGGUCCGAGGAGAAGCAGGGUCAACGAUGCUAGCGUGCUUCGGACGCUGUCGAUUCGUGAUGUGUCGGCCGCGACUUCGCCGUCGCCUAGCGUGGCCGACACUAUGGUUUCCACGCCUACUCCGCAUCAUUGGGAUGAUCUGGAAGGGGAAGGGGAAGAAGAUAGGCAGCAGGAGGGAGAAGAGGAUGAGGCGAUGGAUGAGAAUGGGGAGGAUGAUGAUGAUGAGGUGGAUAGAGGCGAGGAUUAUGGAUCCGGAGGAGAGGGGGACGAGAAUGAGGAUGUGGACAUGGAUGACAUGUGAAGAUCUUGCAAGUAUGCGGAUCUAAAUGUAGGUACUUACCUACUCUAAUAAGCUAGAUUCAUUCUUGAUGUGUUACUUGGUAGUUUCAAUGGGAGCUCUGAAAUGUCGAUUGAUCUUUGUGCUUUGAUUAGCCCGUUCAGCAUUGCUAUUUGCUUCUGCUAUUGUUUAGUAUGUAAGCACGUUGUCAUUCCAACUUCACAUUCAUUCUCCAAAUUAUGUAUAAUACAAAAGUCGCAGACCAUCCUAAAAUAACCCAAACUCCCUUGAACCAGUCAUGAGGUAAUGAUCAAGUAAUGGUAGGGUGCCUAACCCACCCAACCUGUCCCAAAAUACUCGUAGCUUGAUUUAUCCGCCAUGACCGUAAGAGUUUACAGCCUAUAGCGGAAUCUAGAAUAGGUCCUUGAUACUCUUGUCGGCAUCCUUCUUGAUAAGAUCUAUCAUUCCCUACCGAGAUGUUAUUAGACAAGCCCUCCUUCCAGCUCGACGCUAAAUACUGAGUGAGGUAAAGGAGCGGUGAAGAGAAGUAGAAGAGGAAGAAGAGGAAUGGGGCGAGGAAGUUAAUUUAGGGAAAAAAAAAACCCACCUGAGGCAUGAUCGGCUUUCCGUCCUUGCCCUUUACGUAGCGGAACGGCAUCUCCGUGCUCUCGUGCUCGUUGAACUUGAGCUCGGGGUAGUCGAGGUAGGGUAUCUUGUUUAGCGUGACUGUUUUUU